AUGCGCAUCUCCGCCGCCUUUUACUCGACCGCAAGCACAUUCGACACAGGCUUCGGCGCCGUCCGGGACGCCGCCUUCGCCGCAGAUGGCUCCAUCGAUGCCCUGGCCUCCUCCAUCGCGGCAGCCCUCGGCGCCGCUGACGCCGCGGGCGGCGUCAAGAUCUUCCUCUACGUCACCGGCGCCCUCGCAGCCUCCGCGCUCAUCGUCGCCGCCGCGGGCGGCCUCGACCGCCGCGAGCCUGACACCACCGACGACGCCUGGGACCCCCCCGCGCCCCCCCGCGGCCGCGCGUCCGCCGCGAGCGCCUCGAGCAGCUCCACCAAGACGCCCUCGGAGCCCCCGCUCGUCGACGCCAACGCCUGGGGCCGCCGCACCGCCGACGGCUCCUCAACCCUCGACGACGCCCUGGCGUCCUCCGCGCUGCCCAAGGGCGGCCGCGCCGCCGCAGCGGCGUCCCCACGCAGCCCGAACCUGAUCGCCGCGGCCCCCACGGAGCCCGCGGCGCCCCCGCGGCCCGCCCCCGGCGCCGCGCCGUCGCGCUCGCCCGCGGAGGUGGCCGAGCUGGUCCAGCGGGCCGCGGAGCGCAAGGAGCGCGAGAGCGCCGCGGUGCGGCGCCGCGAGCUCGUCGAGCGCCUCGUGCGGCAGAUCGAGCGCCUCGGCACGCUCGCGGUCCUGCCGGGCACCCAGAGCGCCGACCGCCUAGCCGUCGAGGACAUCGUAGCGGAGCUGGAGCGCAUGCCGCCGAUCGAGCGGCCGAUGGGGGACCCCGCGCCGUACCCAGUCGCGCGGUGGGGCGUGCGGAACGCCGCCCCGGUGUCGGCGGACUCGUGGGGCCGGCCGUACUCGUGGGAGGUGUCGUCGGACCUGCGCGCGCGUUCGGUCCGCGGCGAGGCGCCGCCGCAGUACGGCCGCGUGGGCGCGCGUGCCGGCGCGGAGGAGGUGCCGUGCGGCGAGCUGAACGGGCGCUGGGAGCUCGUGUACGCGUCGCAGGGCACGGUGGUGACGCGGAGUCCCCCCGCACGGAUCCUGGAGGCGCUGUCGGGUUUCCCGGGUGGGUUCGGCGUCCGGCGGAUCUCGCAGACGCUGACCGUGGACAAGCAGUUCGGCGUCGUGCGGUCGGACAACGCGGCGAUUGUCGGCCUGGGUCCGCUGGGGGCGUGGCGCAUCUCAGCUCGCGGGCAGUGGGUGCCGGUCGGGUGGUCGGGGAUGCAGGCGGACGUCACGUUCGAUUCGUGGAGCAUACGGCCGCUCGCGUGGAUGGGUCUGCGGCUCGACGGCGGCGAGGAGGCGCCGUGGGAGGAGGAGGCGGGGGGCGGGCCGGGCGCGCCGGCGCUCGAGGGCGGCGGGCCGCUGUCGCUGACGCUGCCGGCGCUGUCGCUCGAGAUCCCGGAGGCGCUGCGGAUGUCGGCGGAGUGGGUCACGACGUACGUCGACGGGCAGGUGCGCUUCGGGCGCGGGCGGUCCGGGAACCUGUUCGUGUUCCAGAAGGUCGCGGAGCCCCGGUGA